AUGUCUCAACUCACCAAAGACUCAUCUAUUCUCAUCAUCGGUGGCGGUACCUGGGGCUGCAGCACCGCUCUCCAGCUUGCGCGAGCCGGCUACAAAAACGUCACCGUCCUUGAGCGCAGUCCGAUACCGUCACCCUCUGCUGCCGGAAAUGAUGUAAACAAAAUCAUGGAGGAGGGCGCACCGUCCGACACAGACACCCCCGAGCAAUACGUCUGGAACCGGAUGCACCAGAUCACCGCCAAUGCCUGGAAGACCGACCCCGUAUUUCGCCCCUUCUACCACCCAACAGGUUUUAUUAUGGCCGCGAGCCAGGACGAUGCAAUGCCUCAUGUUGACAAGUACAUUAGCACCUGCAGAGAUAAACUCCGGUUACUCAACUCGGCCGCGGAUUUCAGAGCUACAAUGCCGUUGGGCGUCCUGACAGGGGACUUUUCCGGCUGGAAAGGUUUCUUCCGCGAGGCUGGCGCUGGAUGGGUAUUUGCGAGGGGGGCGCUAGAAGCGGCCUACAAAGAGGCUUCGCGGCUGGGCGUGAAGUUUGUUACGGGUGACGAAGGGGGUGUCAAGAGCCUUCUCUACACGGAUGACCAAAGCGACAUCGUCGGCGCAAAGACCGCCGACGAAAAAGAGCAUCGUGCAGACCGCGUCAUUCUCUGUGCUGGCGCUGGAAGUGACCAGUUACUUGACUUUGAGAAACAGUUGCGCCCGACGGCUUGGACACUUGCGCAUAUCCAGAUGACGGAGGAGGAGAGGAAGCUUUGGAAGGAUCUGCCUGUACUAUUCAACGUCAAUUCCGGUUUCUUUAUCGAACCCGACUCGACGGGGCAGCUAAAAUUCGUCGACGAACACCCGGGCUACUGCAACAUUCCCACCUCCGAGGUCUUGAAUGACUUCCCUAAGUCCAUUCCAUUCGCCAAACAUCAGAUCCCACUACAGUCCGAGCACGCGGCACGGCAGUUCCUUCGCGAUACGGUCCCCCAGAUAGCGGAUCGCCCCUUUGCCUUUGCGCGAAUCUGCUGGGACGCCGACACGCCGGACCGCCAAUUCCUUAUUGAUCAGCAUCCGAAGUACAAGUCUCUCACAGUUGCAGUGGGAGGUUCUGGCAAUGGCUUUAUGAUGAUGCCGGCUGUGGGGAUUGCCAUUAAACAGAGGCUGGAGGGCGUGCUUGAGGAGAAGCUGAAGUAUGCGUUUCGGUGGAGGCCGGAGACGGCAGUCCACAGGGACUGGAGGGACACUCAGGACAGGUUUGGCGGCACGGGAACCGUCAGGAACUUCCAGGACGUCGAGGUUUGGACAAGGGUUGGGGAGGAGAUAAUUUAG